AUGUACAAAGAAGCCACUGGAAAUUUAGAAAGAAAGAAGCUGACGGAGGUCAUGAAAGAAGCGGGACAAUACCCCUUGUCUGAAAACCUAUUGAGAUUUCCAUUUCCAAGGAAGUGCUCCCUACCGAUGUUCACAACCCCGUUCACCGGAACUGGAGACGCGAUCGAUCAUCUAAGGAUGUAUCACAUGAUGCUAACCCAAUGGGAUCAUUACGACGUAGUGUUGUGUAAAUUUUUUCCGGCUAGUCUGAGAGACGAAGCCCUGAUGUGGUUCAAUAACUUUCUUAAAGGCUCGGUUGAGUCAUUUGCUCACCUAUCAGAGCUGUUUCUAGAAACAUAUAUUCACAAUAGCAGAGUCCGACCCGAAGUUGACGCGUUAUUCCAAAUAUCCCGAGGACCAAACGAGUUACUCCGAUCCCUGGUAACACGAUUGAGAAAAUUAUGCGCCGAGAUUGGGAAAGUCCCCGAAGCUUACGCAAUCUUGGGCUUCAAAAAUAGUCUUAGGAAGACAGAUCCUAUAUUCGUACGCAUGUACGAAACCAUGCCAAAUAAUUUGGGGAAGCUAAGAGAAAUCCAAGAGGACUACAUAGCCCUGGAAGAACUUCAAGAUGGUACUUACGAUAAGUCGGUGAAAGGAACUAGUAGAGGGAAAAAUGCGGUAGAACCACAGAACCCUCAGGUGCCAUCCCAAGGAUAA